GGGCGGGGCGGGGCUCCGGCGGCCGCUUCCUCUGCGGCGGUGGCUCGGGACCUGCGGGUCGGGGCCGCGGACUCGGGUCCAGCGGAGCCAUGGCGCUGUGUCCGGUGAUCGGGAAGCUGCUGCACAAGCGCGUGGUGCUGGCCAGCGCCUCCCCGCGCCGCCAGGAGAUCCUCAGCAACGCGGGCCUGCGGUUCGAGGUGGUGCCAUCCAAGUUCAAAGAGACGCUCAGCAAAGCCUCCUUCCCCAGCCCCUACGCUUACGCCAUCGAGACGGCCAAGCAGAAAGCCCUGGAGGUGGCGCACCGACUGCACCAGAAGGACCUCCGGACGCCCGACGUGGUCAUCGGGGCGGACACUAUCGUGGCAGUGGACGGGCUGGUUCUGGAGAAGCCCGUGGACAAGCAGGACGCCUACCACAUGCUUUCAAGGUUGAGCGGCAAAGAGCACAGCGUGUUCACCGGAGUGGCCAUCGUCCACUGCACCACCGCAGACCGCCUGCUGGAGACGCAGGUCUCGGAGUUCUACGAGGAGACGAGAGUGACCUUCUCGGAGCUGUCCGAGGACCUGCUGUGGGAGUACAUCCACAGCGGGGAGCCCAUGGACAAGGCCGGGGGCUACGGCAUCCAGUCGCUGGGGGGCAUGCUGGUGGAGUCGGUCCGCGGGGACUUCCUCAACGUGGUGGGCUUCCCGCUGAACCGCUUCUGCAAGCAGCUGGCCCAGCUCUACUACCCGCCCCGCGGCCAGGACGUGCGGAGGGUCAAGCACGACUCCAUCCCGCCCGUGGACAGCUUCGAGGCCCUCGGUGACCUGGACGCGGGCCACCCGGGGCCUGUUCAGAGCCACGUGGACCCUGGCGCUGGCCCCGGCUCCCCGGGCAGCCUGAGGGGCGUGUCGGAGGCGGAGGGGGACUCAAGCGAGGCCAGUUGCAACAGGGCGGUGUCGGCCCAGCCCCCGUUCCCGGCCGGCCUCCUGGACCUGAUAGACGGCUUCAAAGUGUCCAAGGCCCUGUUCACGGCCUGCAGGCUCAAGGUGUUCGACCUGCUCAGCGACGGCGCGCCCCGGGGGGCGGCGGACGUGGCCCGCGCCGUGGACGCCUCCGUGUGCGGGACCAGGAGGUUGCUGGAGGUCUGCGUGGCCCUGGGCUUGCUGCGGAAGACGGAGCAAGGUUACAGCAACACGGAGCUGGCCGGGCGGCACCUGGUGUCCAGCGGCGGGCACUCCCUGCACGGCCUCAUCCUGCACAGUGACCAGCGCACCUGGGACCUCUUCAGCCACCUGGAGCGCACCCUGCGGGAGGGACCGCACGGCGGGGUUCCCGGGGACCAGGAGGGCUCCCCCUGCCGGGAGACGCAGCUGCAGGCCCUGAAGGCCGAGCACACCCUCUCCACGCUGACCGCCCGCCGCCUGGCCUCGGCCUUCGACCUGUCGCGGUUCUCCUCCGCCUGCCUCCUGGGAGGCUGCAGGGGCGCCCUGGCCUGGGAGCUGGCCCGGGAGUGCCCGAGGCUGGAGGUGACGGUGCUGGACGUCCCCGACGAGCUGCAGCAGGUGUCCUGCUUCCAGUCCCAGGACGGCCCGACGGCCCGCGUCAGCUUGGUGCCUGGUGACCCGUCCAGGGACGCCCUGCCCRCGGCUGACCUGUACAUCCUGCCCCGCCUGCCGCCCGAGUGGCCGGACGACAAGGUCCACCAGCUGCUGAGGAGGGUCGCAGGGUGCUGCCGGCCGGGAGGCGGCCUCUUGCUGGCGGAAGUUGCCCUGGACGAGGACCCGGGGGCCGCCCGGCGUGGCCUGAGGCAGAAGCUGGACCUGCUGGUGCAGACGCCGGGCAGGGACUGGACGCUGGGCGAGGGCCGGCGCCUGCUGGAGCAGCACGGCUUCGGGGACAUGCAGGUGGCGCCCGCCGGGGACUUCCCGGGCGCAGUCCUGGGCAUCCGCGUGCGCCCCUGACGCCCCGCAGUGACCUUUGUGUGGGCAUCGUGGAGGGAGCCCGUCGCGGAGGGAGCCCGGGGUCCCCACGCUGUGGGCUCACGUGGGCACGUGAACGGGGCCUGGCGGGACAGAGAGAAUAAAGCCACCUUCCUGGCUCCGUGCGCCCUGCUCUGAGCCCUGACCCGCCGCCCGCCUCCCAGGCCCGCGCGGCCCGCAGACCUGCCCGCAGGCGGCGGCCAGUCUCCGCGAGGUGCUGACCCUGAGGCCUAGCCACAGCUCCCGGGCUGGCGGCGCGAGGUACGGCCUCCAUCUGGCCUGGCGCAGGCAAAGCCCAACCCACGGCCAGCGCCGGAGCUCGUGGCUGGCCUGUCCCCGCCCURUGUCCUCUGCUCCUUCCUCGUGCUGCCCCUUCUCCACUGCUGGCCGAGUGGAGUCCCCSGGGCAGGGUCCCUCCCAGGGCCACCACACCCCGUCCCAACACGGCGGCCUGGGGAACCGGUGCUGUACGCACACCCUCGGGGCUGGGCCGGCUUGGUGUCCUCAGGAUGCAGCCGGGAGACCCUGAGCGUGGCAGGCGGGGACCUCCACUCUGCCYUCCCAGCCGCGGGUCGGAGGGAGCCUCCGGUGGACGAUGCGGCUACUUUGAAAGCGAGGCUUGCUGACGCCGGUCCACGGGGGUAGCCCCCAGCCCGGCCAAGAGCCAGGCGCGCUCUCCCUCUGCAGACAGACAGCUGCGGCUCGAAGUGACCUAGCGGGCUUGCUGCGGGCAUGGAGGAAGGGCCCCCUGCCAGCCCCCACGGUGGGCAGGGAGAGCGCACCUGCCCGUUCUGGAUCUGCAUGAGAGGCACAGGUGACAUAGACGCACAAGGGCACAAACACCGUGCCCGUGUUUACAGGAGUGUGAUGUGGRCUUGUGCAAGACCGUCCUCUGCUGACCACGUCCCUCUUAACACCUUUCAAAUGCAUGAUGGACGCCUGGCUUCGAAGACUCUGGCUUCUUCUCCAGCCGCUGGCCCUCAGGCGGGUGGCACUGGGCCAAGACGGCCCCACCCUGUAGAAGCUUCCAGGCACCGGGGAGCAGACUGGCCACCUAGGUCCCCUGCAAAGGCCGCUCCAGGCUGUGAGGGACGCAGGUCAGAGAGGAAGGGCGGAGGCCGACGUAGGGCCCUCUGUGGAGACACCUCUGUCAGAGAGGCCACCGCUCUGUCCCAGGGGCCACCCAUGCCCCACGCCAUGCUGGCUGCUGCAGUCCGAGGCCCAGGAGUGACCCCUGGAGCCACGCAUCCCUCUCCACCGCUGCCCUGCGUGAGGACCCACAGAGGCCAGCGGCAGGUGUCCCCUCCUGCUGCCCUGCAGGAGCACUUCCCACGGGUGACCACACCCCUCACAGCUGAGGGACACUCUCCUUGAUGCGU